GACCCCGGUCUUCCCAUCGCAAGAUGCACAGCGUCCGGGGACCUGCAGAUCACCGAUGAGGCCCGACUGCUCUUCGGCCGUUGCCCGGGGAAGUCAAGCCGGCAUGCAGACUCCGCUGAAUGGCUGCAGUUGGCAUCAAGAUUGGAGGCCAACCUGGGCAGCUUGAACUCCGAGCUGAAUGCCCACGUUGAGUCUGGUGAUGCUGAAAGCGCUGUGGCAGUUCUGGCUCAGAUCAGCGAGCGCCGUCUAAAACCAGACGUUGUCACCUACACCACCCUGAUGAAGGCUGGCGCCCGGAGUGUCAGCCCAUCCGAUGUUGAGCAGAUCGUGCUUUCAGCAUUGCAGGAAAAGAUCCUCGUGGACAUUGGUUUUUUUUCCACCGCCCUCUACGCCUUCGCCCGAGCCGGAGAUUUGCCGAGGGCAGAAAGAUGUGUUUUGAUCAUGCGCGAUGCUCGAAUUGUUCCGGACCUGGCAUGCUACAACUCGUUGAUUCACGCUGCGUCCAAAGCCGGCCAGCUACACCGAGUUCAGCACUGGCUUGACCAGGCUGAGAUGUCCGGCUUGCCCAUGACGGGCGUUUGCUACGCUUCUGUUCUGAACGCUUGUGCCAAAGUUGCCGAUGCAGAAGGAGCAGAGGCUGCAGCCAGUUUGUGGAGCAUGGCCGUAUCUGCUAAGUGGCGGGAGCAGUGGAUAGAGGCCGCGGUGCAGAAAGGGUCGGAGACAGACCUGGCAGUAUCCCAGAUUCGGAGCGAUCUGGGCUAUGAGAAGAGUGCUGAGCAGCUUCGAGCACUACAAAAAACUGGCCUUCUGAGGCUGACAGACUUGAAGAACGAUCCCGCUAAGUUCUUCGAGGCCCACCGCCUCCUGGCGCACCAUGCUCCAAAGCUGGGCCCUGGCUUCUGGAUCCGCUUCACGGUGCAUUACAACCUCUUCGCGGGAUCAGUCCUGGCAGUCGGAAAUGAUCAGCAAGUCGCACAGUUGGAUGACAUUCAACAGAAGGGCCUGCUAGGCUGCUUUGGCCUGACAGAAAAACUCGCUGGUGUCAACAGUGGUGGAGUCGUCAAAACCACUGCAGAGUGGGACGACGCUUCCAAGGAGUUUGUGAUAACCUCGUCAGAUGUCGGCGCGCACAAGAACUGGAUCUCACAGGGUUUGGUUGGUGAGCUGGCCGUGGUGGUGGCAGAUCUCCGCGUCGCUGGCAAGAGGUGUGGAGCUCACGCCUUCUUAAUGCAGCUUCGGAAAGAGGGUCAACCUGUCCCCAACGUAGAACUGGGUGACAUGGGCCGCAAAACUGUGGGCAAUGAUCUGGACAAUGCUUGGAUCGCUUUCCAUGGCGCCAGAAUACCACACAGUGCUCUCCUGAAUCGGUAUGGGGACGUGCAGCCCGGCAAUGGCGGCACCUACAUUAGCAAGGCCAAGGGCCUGACGAACAUGGGCAUGAUCGGUCAGCGCCUCUUCAGUGGCCGUGUCGCUGUAGCCUGGGCCGCGCUGACCUUCACCAGAAAGUUGUACGACAUGACUCGCCAGUAUUCUGAUCGCAAAAAGUGCUGGGCGCCGAAAGGCACCUCGAACUUGACAAGCGUUCCGCAGCUGAACCACUUGUAUGCGAGAGCAGACUCCAAUUUGGCACAGCUGGAAAGCUUUGUUGGGGAGUGCGAGCGGCAAUUAAAUGAUUGCCUUCGGAAAGAUGAGAUACCUUCUGUGGCUCUCCAGGAAGCGAUCGCAUGCGCCAAGAUCGUUGCAAGUGAGACCAGCAUCGACCUCUGCUUUCGCCUGAAGCAAGACGUUGGAUCCCAUGCUUUGAUGGGCGAUACAGGCUUCGAGCAGAUGGACUUCCUGCAGGCGUGCAAGUUUGCAGAAGGCGACUCCAGGAUUCUGAUGCAGAAAUUGGCCCGGGACCGUGUCAAAGUAUCAAAAGCUAUUGGCUCCAGCGAGGAGCAGCGGUUGACAGCAGAGCUGCAAGCAGCUUUGAAGGGCGGAGCUCAGGCAUGGGAUGAGAACUUUGACAAGGUGUAUGACCUGGCGUGGCACGUUGUGACCCGCAACAUUGAUACGUUAUGUCCAGGCGCCACCCUCCGACUUCCUUGCGGGCUGUCGAAGCUGUAA